AUGUCCUCGACACUGAUUGACACACCUACGUUAUUUAUUGAUGGAAAAUGGUGCGCAUCAAGUGAGAGAAAGACGCGUGCAACGUAUAACCCAUACGAUGCCAGUGUGAUAAUGCACGUCGAUGAAGCGACGGCCGAUGACGCGAAGCGGGCAGUUACAUCCGCCAAGACAUUUUUCAACACAUCUGAUUGGCCUCAUAAGACUUAUGAAGAGCGAUGUGCCUUGCUUGAUCGUAUGGCGGAUACUCUUCAGCAGCAUAAGGCAGAACUUGCGAGGAUCGAGACGAUUGACACAGGCAAGACUCUGGGUGAGAGUGAAAUUGACAUUGAUGACGUCACACAAGUCUUCCGCUUCUACGCAAAAGAGGCAAUAAAGCUUGCACAGGACAAGCAAGUAACCGGGCCACUAAUCCCGGAGUCGGUGAAAAGCAGGAUCGUUCACGAGCCUGUCGGUGUGUGUGUUCUAAUCACGCCCUGGAAUUACCCCAUUCUGCAGUUGUGCUGGAAACUUGCACCGGCCCUCGCCACGGGUAAUGUAGUCAUCAUCAAGCCCUCAGAGGUGACGCCUCUCUCUUCCGUAUAUCUUGUCAAGCUCCUGCUGGAAGCUGGCUUCCCGCCUCAUAGUGUGCAGAUUCUCACGGCAUCAGGUGCUUCAGUGGGUCCUGUGUUGACCGAAAGUGCGGAUGUGGAUUUGGUAUCAUUUACUGGGGGUCUUUCGACGGGGCGUUCGAUUAUCCGCAGCUGUGCCGAAACAGUGAAACGCUGCACUGUCGAGCUGGGUGGCAAAAAUCCUAACGUUGUAUUUGCCGACUGUGAUCUUGAUUGGGCUAUUGACAAUGUGCUGACGGCUGUAUUUGUCCACAGUGGACAAGUUUGUUCCGCAGGCGCUCGUCUUAUCGUGGAAGAGUCAAUUGCCGACAAGCUGGUGGAUGGUGUGGUGAAGCGUGCUCAGAACAUUGUCAUGGGCAAUGGUCUCGAUGCCUCAUCAGAAACGGGACCUCUCGUAUCGGCAGAACACCUUGCCAAGGUGGAGUCGUACGUCCAGCUAGCACGGGAGGAGGGAGCUGUGAUCCGAUGCGGUGGACGGCGCCCCGAUCCCAAGACAUUCCCACACCUGGCCAAAGGCUACUUCUUCUUGCCCACGGUCAUUGACAAAUGCAAUCGUACGAUGCGAAUUGUUCAGGAGGAGUCAUUCGGACCAAUUCUCACUGUCGAACGUUUUGCCGACGGUGACGAGAGGACGGCCAUUAUGCUCGCCAACGAUACCAAAUAUGGUUUAGCCGGAGGCGUGCAAAGCAAGGAUCAAGCUCGAGCGGAACGAGUCGCGCGUCGCUUGCGUCAUGGCACAGUAUGGACGAACACGUAUGGUGUUUACACGGCACAGUCAGAGUGGGGUGGUUACGGUAUGUCGGGAAAUGGUCGUGAAUUGGGCAGCAAGGGACUAGAUGAGUAUGUGGAAGUCAAGCACAUAUGGAGCGAAACGAAGCCGGCAAAAAUGAACUGGUUCAAAGGCAGUGAGCCAAAUGACAGUGAGCCUCAGAACAGCUCGGCCCGCAUGUAA